AUUGGUGGAUUGGCCAAACGAAAGGUUAUGAACCCAAAUGCUUAGUUUCGAUUGGUCAGAUUUACCGGAAAGUAAUGAUGAAUGCUUAGCGGCGGCCAUUGCUGACAUGAAAUAAUUGUCUCCGACUUUUUAUAAAGAACUUACCGAACUCCAUGUGACAUAUCGGAUUAUCGACGUUUAGUUUAAAUGUGCACUUGCAGAUUCGGCAUCUGUUCAAGCGUGAUGCGUUAAUAACUGAUCUCCGGACAAAUCUUUUUGUUUAGAUUUCUAUUGUCAUUUCGUUUGUGUUUUUCUGGGUCCGGAGACCAAGAUUACGAAAAUUGAGCUUCAAGUGUAGUAUGGACGAUCAAAGGAUGAUGCAUCCAAGUGGUGGAAUGAAUAACAAUACAGGUGGUAUGAACAUGAAUCAGGGAUAUAUGGGUCAGACUGGCCACGAUGAACCAAAUGAUCAGCGAAAACAAGAAAUAGGGGACAUCUUGCAGCAAAUUAUGACGAUUACAGACCAAAGUCUGGAUGAAGCCCAAGCAAGGUCCUGGAAACACACACUCAACUGCCAUCGCAUGAAACCGGCACUCUUCAGCGUGCUAUGUGAAAUCAAAGAAAAAACAGUAUUAAGCAUCAGGAACACUCAAGAAGAUGAACCCCCGGACCCGCAGCUCAUGCGUCUUGACAACAUGCUGAUAGCCGAGGGCGUGGCCGGGCCUGAGAAGGGUGGUGGUUCAUCAGCAGCGGCGAACGCGACGGCAGCGGCAUCAGGCGGUCAGCCAGAUAGCGCCAUUGAGCACUCGGAUUACAGAGCCAAGCUGGCACAGAUUAGACAGAUCUACCAUACAGAGUUGGAGAAAUAUGAGCAGGCCUGCAGCGAAUUCACAACACACGUGGUCAACUUAUUGCGCGAACAGAGUCGCACCAGGCCCAUAGCUCCUAAAGAAAUAGAACGCAUGGUCAGCAUCAUUCGCAAGAAGUUUGCCGCUAUCGAAAUGCAGUUGAAGCAGAGCACCUGUGAGGCUGUAAUGAUACUCCGAUCUCGAUUUCUGGACGCCAGGAGAAAGAGACGAAAUUUUAGUAAACAGGCCACAGAAGUGCUAAACGAAUACUUCUAUUCACACCUGAGUAAUCCCUACCCUAGCGAAGAAGCGAAAGAAGAAUUGGCUCGCAAAUGCAAUAUAACGGUGUCCCAGGUGUCAAACUGGUUCGGCAACAAGCGCAUUCGCUACAAGAAGAACAUUGGGAAGGCGCAGGAAGAGGCAAACCUCUACGCAGCGAAAACUGCAGCAGCCGCUGCACAGCAUGACUAUGGAGACGGGGACUCGGACGACUCCUCUACAGUGGGUGGGUUCAAGUCUAGCUUCAUGCCACCGGGUGCGUCGGGCUACAACAUGCCUGGGGGAGGCAACGGGGGCGGCAUGUACAUGGGCAUGAACGGGGACAACUACACCAGUGGAGGGGACACCUCGUUGGAUUAAAUGGGAUGCACAAAUCUAGGGACUGCUUAGCUCGACACGCGUGUAUUCACUCCCCCUGCCAUAUAAUGGGCAUGCUUGAAUGGAUGCCUGCAUGCAUGCUCCCCAGGCCUGUUGCUUUGACUGCGCCACAAAGCUCAACUCAGUCUCACUAACAAUAAUUGCUGAUGAAUCAACUUUGUUUGAUGGACUUAAUAUGAUAGAGGCGUGUUCAAAACAUGUAUCAGUGUCGUGAAUGUCUUUCCGUUGUCUAGACUAACCAUGUGGAAAAAAUUCUAUGUUAACAUACGUAUCUCUGUACGGGCUUUUUAUUUUAAUAAAAUACGCUGGAUUUGAUAUAAAUUUUAUCGAUGGUAUCAUUUUUUACAAGAAAUUCAUGUGUUUCUUCAAAGAUCCAUGCAGCUUUAGUUCACGCUGUUUUUUUGGCCUAAAAUUUUAUCAAAGCUGUGGGACUUUUUGAAUCUUUAGUUAAAGAAAUUAUAGAAAUUCUUUUCCAAUUUUUGCAAAACAUCCACAUACUUUAUAAUUUAAUAAAACCCUAGAGAAAUACAAUGUUUGUAUGGAAAGUAAAGUGCUAUUGAAAUUUAUGGUUCUAUUAUUUACGUUAUUCUAUUUUAUUUAAAAUGAUUUAUUCCUCUUUAUUACAAUGAGUGCUAGUGCUGUAAAAGUAGUCGUUCAAUACCAGCAUCAACACCCAGGCAUGUGAAUUAUAAAUAAUUAAUUGGUCAUUUUGAAAAUUCUUCUUCAGCCGUGAUACAACAAAAAGACUUUGGCAACGAUUUGGCUGCCCAAGGGAAGCGAUGAAGAAUUAAGCAUUACUUGUGUUGUAUUGAAUUGUUGUCUGUAUGUUCUUUGUUUAUUUAUACAUUUUUGUGAACAAAGUAUGUGUUAUAAUGAGCUGAAAGCAUUAUUUUUAGUUGAUUUGUAACUUUUAAAUCUUGGUAUUUUACUAAGUACAUAAGAACUACUGGUUGAAUUUUAAUUGAACUUUAAUUCACUAUGUGCAGUUGUCUAAGUUGUAAAAGCGUUUCAUCAUGAAUUUUGUUUCAGUGGUGAACUAUUUUAAAAAAAAAAAUAAUUUUAGUAAAUAGUAUUAAUAUUUGUUUUACCUUAAAUUUCAUGGAGUGAUGAAAUUUUGCAUUGUUGUGUGAUUUGAAAUUAAUUGGGAUUUUAAAAAUAAUUGCCCAAUGUAAAACUUCAAUUUGAAAGAUUUUUGGAUGUUUGAUUUUGUCAUUUAGAAGAUCUUAAAAAAACAAGUGUCUGUCGAAUAUUUUUGCUUAAACGUUGAUUAAAAAUACUUAACUUGUUUUCAUAAAAAAAUGUUGCAUUUUACACCUAUCUGUAUGCUAUUCCUCAAAACACACGAACAAGUCGAGUCAAAUAUUUGAAUUAUGAGUAAACGUGAGAGAGAUUGAAUAUAACUGACGGGCAAAAAUAAGGGAGCUGUUGUUUAUUGUUUGUACUUAACUUUAUAGAGGACUAUUUUGUGUGGAUGUCUUUGAAUGUGUUGAUCGCAUAAUAUGUUGUGAAAUUGUGUCUUGUUCUGAUAAAACUGGGCAUAAUGUUUGUGCGUAAAGUGUCGUUCCAGAUUAGCCUGUGCAAUCUGCACAGGCUAAUCAGGGACGACACUUUCCGCUUUUUCUAGAUUUUCGGUAAAAAGGGACUUACAUUAAACGAAAAAUACCAUUAAAGCUUAACGUGUUAUCCCUGAUAAGGCUGUGCGUACUGCACAGGCUAAUCUGGGAUGACACUUUAGGCACAUGCAUUUUGCCCAAUUUUCACAGAACAAGACACAAUUAAUUAUUAAUUAUUACAUAGCUCGAAAGUUGAAUCUAUCUUGUAUAAACUAUGUAUCAUAUCCAGAGUUGACAGAUCUGUGGAUGCAGUGCUUACAAUGGACAGUGCUUUGUUUUUACCAUUUUGCUCGGUUAUAGUCAGUAUUGUUUCAUAUUUUUGUGUAUGAACUUCUGAACAUGAUUAAGAAGUUAUACAAGAUGUAAAAAUUAAAGCUGUAACUUAUGAUGCUGGGAGUUUGGUUGAUUAUAUCUUAAUAAAACGAUUUUCAUGUACCAACAUUUAACUUUUAUAUUAUUGUUUUUGCUGAUUAUUUUUAAACUGCUUCUUUUAUUUACACAGGCCAGGCUAUAAAGCAUUUGAAUUGCGGUGAUUUUAUGUUUUCUGUUUAUUUUAAGAACUGUGUGUCCUGGCAUUAUAUUGAAUUCGUGUGUUGUGUUUUGCAAUAUUUCGUAUAUACAGGUGUUUUAUGAACUUGCACUGCGAGAAUUUUACAUGAAACUUUUUAUUGAUUAAUGUACAAAGCUUUAAUAUCUGAGUUUAGUUGUGCAACAUAUGUAUCUAUAGUAACAGUAUAGUGUUAAUCACAGCACCUCUGUUCAAAUGGGUAUUGUUUAUAGAACAAUUGAAUAAUGCCCUAGAGAAGUAAACAAGUACCGGUACACAUUGCUACUAUCUUUUGCAAUAAUUAUUGAAAGACAUAUUGAGCAUUUUUAGUUGGAAAUUUUUUAAGGAUACUGGUACAAUUAGUUCUGCAGUUACAAACACGUAAAUAUAACAGUUACGUAUUGAUUUUAUUAGAAGAGGUGCAUACUGUAUGGUUUUAACCCUUUGCAUGCUGGGUAAUUUGUCUUCUGCUAAAAUGUCGUCUGCAGAAUUUCUAAAAUUAGCAUUUUCUUCGAUUUUUUUCAAAGAAUACUAUCAGAAUAGCAAACAGUUUGGAUCCUGAUGAGACGCCACGUUCUGUGGCGUCUCAUCUGGAUCCAAACUGUUUGCAAAGGCCUUUAAAAUUCAGCUCCAGCGCUUUAAGGGUUAACGCACUUUUAAAAAGUGUCAUACAUCAUUACUUGGUUUGCAAACAUUUAUUUAUCAUUGUUAGAAUUUUCUGCAGUCAUUUGUACAUUAGUUUGUGUUUAGCUGGUGCAUAUCUAAAAUUCUAUAUUGUUUAUUAAACAUUCUUUGAUAUUUUAUUAGCAAAACAAUACAUCAUUCAUUGCUUACUUUCUACCUUUUUAAUAUUUUUUUAAAAUUUGCUAGUAGUAUUUUUGUCUAUAAACAAAGUGUCACGUACUUAUAAAAUGUACAUAUGCAUUUUUUUUGCUGAAAAGUUUAGCAAAAGUCUGAUUUACAAUAAUUUCACUUUAUCCAAUAUUGGUAUUUAAAAGAACAAUGUCUUUUUAAAGCUUUAGAUUGAGAAAAAAACACUUCACAUAUGUUAUAGCUAUUUCUAUGUAAAUGAAUUGUUCCCAUACUGUGGUUUAUUAUUUGAUGUUUUUUACUACCAACAAAUCUAAUUGUUUCCAGAAUUUCUCUCUUUGAAUAUCCUUAAGAAAAUUAUACUCCAAUAUGCAAAAAAAAAUAUAUUUAGGGGAAAAAGAAGAAAUGCAAUGUGUAGUUUGUGAUUUAAACGAGAUAUCACUCAAUCUUUAAAAUGAAAACUGGUGAAAAAUAUGUAUAUGUUGUAUCCCCGUUUUAUUAAGAUCUGAUACAAGAAUCUCAGAAAGGCUUGUAUGUGCAUAUUUUAAAUAUUUAUAUUAAAAGCUUCGGUCAGUGGCAUCAUUAAAAUAAGACAAAUACAGCAUUUAUUUCGCAGAAAAGGAACAGCUUAAAAGAAUUGGAGAAAAAUACUUGCCGAUCUGCUGAUCACUUAUAUUUGGAUUUAAUAAUUCUGAAUCUGCAUAAAGAUCUACAUAAGUAUUGUUAAUUUUAAUCCUUUUCCCUGUGUUUGAAGCUCAGACCUGUAGCCCCUAGGUAAUUUCUUUCUUGUAUAACAAAAUGUCAUUAUGUAUAUAUAUUUUAGUAGCAACACAGCUAGUCAGCGAGUGCCAUUUUAAACAAUUAUAAAACUAGUUUUAUUGUUUAAAUCAUGUUGUUUAAGACAUUGCUUUAUUAAAGGCAACAUGUACAACUCACCGCACAUUCAAAUUCAGCACCAUUUCUUGAUUUUAUUUUAGACAUCUUACUGUCAUAGUGAGUACACUUGCACUCAGUUUUGCUUGACCUUGCUUGCUUGUAACUUCAGCAGCCUUUUAUUAUUAUGCGUACUCAUCCAAAUUCAAUCACAGUUUGACCUGUUAGAUUACUGAGAUGGCUACUUUUCCCCGCUGCAACAUUUACAAAUGGUUCUUUUUACUAUACAAAAUGUAGAUUGUUAUUACUCUCAUACUUAUUGUUUUUCAACUGACAUACAAGUAUUACUUUUCGAUCGUAGUAUUUCGUUCAGUUUACGAAUUGAGUACUAUUCAUUUUGGGGAGACAAAUGCACUGUGUACAUUUCAUAUUGAAUGUCCUUCAUUUCAUCAUAUAACUUUACAAUGGCGAUCAAUUAUUAUCACCCAACAUUUAUGUAUUCUGUAGAAGCGGUAUCAAUGUAACUAUUGUGUUUAAUAAUUUGGCUCUUUGAACAUUUUCGACAAUAAAUGAUAUGUAAGUACA